AUGGCAUCCGCACCGCCACCGACGGCCCCAUCGGCAGUGCCAUCGCCGGGAGUCGGAUCUCCCCAUCCCGCUCCAUCCACUCCUUUCUUGUCCCACGUUUCCACAUCUGACCACAACCUCAGUAUCAACCCUAGCCACAAUCCCUCUGCCUCCGGCGGCUCUGCCGGAAAGCCCGAUCUCCCAACCACGGCAACGGAAUUGGCUGCCGCGGGGACGGCCCCCUCGAAUGGCCCGACGAAGAUCCCGUUCCGUCCCAGAAGGACAAGGAAACUCGCCGCCACCUGCUCCCCCGCCAAGCCAGAGACUGACGACAAGGUGGAUCCCGGCGCUGCCUCUCAAGAAGGCAACAAUGGUGCCAUAGUUGUCGCCGGGAAAGUGGUGAACCACAACCAUCCACGGGCAGUCUACCGCGUGCCACUUCGCCACCUGUUCACCCUCCUCAUCCUACUCAUGGUCGUCAUAAUCAUCGAGGCGAGCCGCACAAGCGGCGAUGACCUCUACCAGCUCUGGCACGAUCUUUGGUACAAUCUUUUCGGCUUAAUUGUUUGCUCUACCUUCCUCUUAUUUGGCUCCACUGUCUAUUGCAUGACCCGCCCUCGCACCAUCUACCUUGUCGACUACGCCUGCUACCGUGCGCCAGAUGCGCUCCGUGCCCCCUUCAGCAAGUUCAUGAAGCACUCUAGGUUGAGUGGUGCCUUUGAUGAAUCGUCCCUUGAGUUCCAGCGCAAGAUCCUUGAGCGCUCUGGGCUUGGUGAGGAAACAUACUUCCCUGAGGCCAUGCACUGCCUGCCGCCCCAGCCUUCCAUGGCUACUGCACGUGAAGAGGCUGAGCAAGUCAUGUUUGGUACACUCGAUAUCCUCUUCUGCAAUACUUCUGUUCGGCCGAAAGACAUUGGCAUCCUGGUGGUCAACUGUAGCUUGUUCAACCCCACGCCGUCCCUUUCUUCCAUGAUUGUGAAUCGGUACAAGCUUAGGGGCAACAUCCUCAGCUUCAACCUGGGUGGUAUGGGCUGCAGUGCUGGUGUUAUUGCUGUUAACCUCGCAAAGGACCUCCUUCAAGUCCAUAGCAACACCUAUGCCGUUGUUGUCAGCACUGAGAACAUCACCCAGAACUGGUAUUUUGGCAAUCGCAAGUCCAUGCUCAUACCAAACUGCCUCUUCCGUGUAGGUGGAGCAGCUCUUCUCCUGUCCAACAUUGCAGCUGACCGCCAAAGGGCCAAGUACAAACUUUUGCAUGUUGUCCGAACCCACCGAGGAGCUGAUGACAGGUCAUUCAGAUGCGUUUACCAAGAACAGGAUGACACGGGCAGGGUUGGUGUCUCCUUGUCUAAGGAUCUUAUGGCUAUUGCUGGUGAGGCCCUUAAAACGAAUAUUACGACCCUUGGGCCUCUUGUCCUGCCCAUUAGCGAACAACUACUUUUCUUUGCAACACUUGUGAUAAGGAAGUUAUUCAACGCCAAAGUAAAGCCCUAUAUUCCAGACUUCAAGCUCGCAUUUGACCACUUCUGUAUCCACGCGGGAGGUAGGGCAGUGAUCGAUGAGCUAGAAAAGAACCUUCAGCUCCUUCCGAUCCAUGUGGAGGCCUCCAGGAUGACCCUGCACCGUUUUGGGAACACGUCAUCUAGUUCCAUCUGGUACGAGCUGGCGUACGUGGAGGCUAAGGGGCGGAUGCGGAGGGGAGACCGCAUCUGGCAGAUUGCAUUUGGGAGUGGGUUUAAGUGCAACAGUGCCGUCUGGCAGGCUCUCCAAACUGUUAAGCCUUCUCCAAACAACCCGUGGCAUGACUGCAUCGAUAGGUACCCUGUGGAAUUGGCGGAUAGUGUAACAGUUGUGGAGAUGGAAAAAACAGCAGCCUUUGUGUCAGCGCAUUGA